CGUUUACUGCGCAAUACUCUUUCACGCACGAUCCACACAAAAGGGCCAUAAUUUAGACGGCAAGAGGGAAAUACGAAGAAAUAGGGUAAGGAUUUCGAUUAUAAUACGCCCUUCCUUAUUUCAGCAUCAUUAGUUCAGCUCAAGAAUCAAAUUAGAAGAGAACACGUGUCACGUGUUUGUAAUUAUAAAUUGAAGACGCCUUCAUUUUGAGGAAAUUUCCAAGCUCCCGUUUUAGCUCAUCAGUUGCUAUUUCAAACUUACCAAAAUGUCCGUAGACGACCAAUCCCAGGUGACCUUCCGCUUAUUGGUCAGCAGCAAUAAAGCUGGAGGAGUGAUCGGUAAAGGAGGUCAAAACAUCAAGCGCCUCAGAAGCGAGUACAAUGCAACAGUCAAUAUUCCGGACAGCAGUGGUCCAGACCGAGUCCUGCAGAUAGUUGCCAAUAGUCGGGAAAAUGGGCUAGAUAUCAUCAAAGAGCUGAUUCCGCUCAUUAGGGAGGAGGUGUCACCAUUCUCAGACGGUGAGGCCGACCCCUACACCACGACGCUGAGCGUCUUGGUACAAACCAGCCAGGUUGGGGCCAUCAUCGGGAGAGGGGGCUCCAAGAUCAAGGAACUCCGGCAGAGCACAGAGACCAAGGUCAAGGUAUUGCAGGAAUGCCUUCCCUAUUCGACAGAACGUCGAGUCCAAAUCAAUGGCGCCCCAGAUGCAGUUCUCCUGGCCAUCGGUGAAAUCUAUGUGACGUGCAGUGAAGCCCCAAUCAAGGGUUCUGUACUUCUCUAUGAUCCAUCGCAGCAAGACCCCAGCGGAGGCUAUGGUUGGAAUCAAGGUGGCUUUGGCGAUUCUAUGGGAGGAGGAAGAGGAGGAAUGGGUAUGCGAGGAGGAAGAGGAAUGGGGAUGCGAGGCGGUAGAGGAAUGGGGAUGCGAGGAGGUAGAGGAGGUAGAGUUGGGGGAGGGGGACAGCAAGGCGGCAACCCAAUCUUCGGCUCUGGAGGUCAAGCGUACGGCGGUGGCGGUGCCUAUGGGUCAGGAGGAAACGAUGGUGGUUUCGCCGGUGAAGCCACAACGACACAAGUCACCAUCCCCAAUGACCUUGUGGGUGCAGUCAUCGGCAGAGGCGGUGAGCGCAUUAGGAACAUCCGGUCGCGAAGCCAAGCCGAGAUCGAGAUCGCCAAUCCCCUCCCAGACGCAGAAGACAGAGUCAUCACCAUCAGAGGCACCCAAGAGCAAGUCAACCAUGGCCAGUUCCUGCUGCAGAAUUGUAUCCAGCAGUUUAGCGGACACUCGUCCUAAUUUUUUUUCUCGCAUGGAACGGACAAUCGCAAAAGACUUUCUCUACCUCUACGAAAUAACAGGUCUGAUGUAAGAUCGAAAAUUGCGAUGUGAAGGUCAAGCUAGUCAAAGGAAGUAAUUGAAAUUAUACAUGCGUUUUUGUACUGAGAUGGUGUAUUAGCUAUUAUUUUUAUUCCGCUAAAUAUGUAACCAGGCACCACAAAACCACUAAAUAGUUGCAUGGUGCGCUUUUCAAUUAGAGCUCAAUAUAAAAGGUGUAUUGAUUUGGUCGGGUUGAUCAAUUUUAGGUUUUAGCAUUCCUGAAACAUUUAUUCUGAUUUCAAAAUUUUGAAGAACCGAACAAUCUAGAAAAAGUUUUUUUGCAGUGUUUUGUAGGCCUUUCUUUUUUUACUGUUUUUUUUUUUGGGGGGGGGGACCCUUGUAAACUGGUCAUAACUUUGAGCAGAGUGAUCUUUUGCUUUGAUACCUAGACCAAAUAAAGAUCAGGAUGCUGAUAAUUGAUGCGCCAACUUUUAGGACAAUCUGAUAAGCCCUUCCAAGUAAAUUGCUCUAGAGGUCUAAUCCCCCUUU